AUGUCGCCGCCUAGCACAGUAACGGUUGCGAGAAAUGCAGGGCACCUGGAUGGUUCGCAAGGCCGAAGAGAUCCAAAGAUAUGCAACCGUUACAACGCGAAGAAUUUCCUCGUUGCGAUCAAGACGAUCUACGGCCUCCAAACGAAAGGAACCGAUAAAUCAACACUUCUGACGGAAGAGUUGCAGAUUCUGACGCUCUGUACCGAACACUUCAGAAGCAUCCACAACCGUCCCUCAACUGUCACCAACGCCGCCAUAGACCGGCUCCCCGAAGCAGAAAUCAACACCGGUCUGGAUCUCCCGCCCUCUCUUCCAGGAGCCAUCCAUAUCGUGCAGCAACUCUCCAGCAGGAAAGCAUCAGGCUCUGAUGCGAUCCCAGUUGAAAUCCAAAAGAACGGCGACCACCGACUGUUGGAUCGACUGACGGCGCAUUUUCAGGAGAAGUGGCACUGCGGGCAGGUCUCUCAGGAUUUCCAGGACGCAACCAUCGUCUAUCUGUAUAAGCGUAAGGCUGAACCAGUGACUCUGAGACAGUCCCAGGGGCAUCUCGCUACUCAACAUCGCCUAGAAGAUCUUCGACCGCAUCCUCCUUAG